AUGGGUCUCUGGUCAGAAGUACUGCACUAUGUAGGGAACAGGGUUCCACCUGAUAGGCAGAAACAGACUGUCUCUUCCAAAGGCCCCCAAAAAAAAAACAGCCCGGGCUUGCCCCAGCCACCUCUGCCCCUCUCCAGCCCCCCUACCACCACCCAGAGCCCCAGUCUGGGCUUGCCCCAGCCACCUCCGCCCCUCUCCAGCCCCCUAUCACCACCCAGAGCCCCAGUCUGGGCUUGCCCCAGCCACCUCCGCCCCCCUAUCACCACCCAGAGCCCCAGUCUGGGCUUGCCACCUCCGCCCCUCUCCAGCCCCCUAUCACCACCCAGAGCCCCAGUCUGGGCUUGCCCCAGCCACCUCCGCCCCUUUCCAGCCCCCCUAUCACCACCCAGAGCCCCAGUCUGGGGGUCUACCCGUAACCAGCCAAGCUCCACAGAGCCAGAGGAGCCAUGUUAAGACGCCCCC